AUGACAGAUUCGGAGGGAAAUGAGAUUGGAAAAUUAUUUGUUGGGGGCAUCUCGCAAAAUACAAAUAAUGUUAGCUUGCGCAUCUACUUUGCUCAGUUCGGUGAGGUUGAAGACGCUGUUGUUAUGAUGGAUAACAAGACGGGCCGAUCUAGAGGCUUUGGAUAUGUCAAGUACCGAGAUCCAGAGAGUGUGAAGAUUGUUCUAGCCGCAAAACCGCAUUGGUUGGAUGGUAAGGAGAUCGACGCUAAACAAUGCAAUGUUAAGAUGAAGGGUCGCAAUCGCCGUAGCUUGAAAGUAUUUGUCGGCGGAAUCAGCCUUGAUCAAGAUGCUGUUUCGAUAAAGGCCUUCUUUGAGAAGUUUGGCCGCGUCACCGAUGUCAAUUUAAUGAUGGAUCCUAAUAAACAGCGCCAUCGUGGGUUUGCGUUCAUUGGGUUUGAGGAGGAAAUUGUUGUCAACCGACUGAUAAAUAUGCAUUACUUGACAAUGGGCAAUAAACAGGUGGAAAUUAAGGCAAUGGAACCACCAAACUUUGGCAAGAAAAGUGGGUCCUCAACUAUGCGGCAUGGCAGUGAAUUUAGCGAGCUGAAAGAGUCAACCGCACGGGAUGCUACUCAUUCCAGGUUGAGCAGUAAACAGCCUUCAAGAAAUCGAAAUUGUCAACACAUCAACAGCCUUCAGUUCGGUGCAACUUUGGAUGGAAAUACAUACGGGAUGACUGGUGGUCAGCAGCAGAGCUUCAUAAGCAAUUUUGUCGUGGAUACAAGUGGACAAUCACAGCAGGAGCGAUGGACUGGGGAGCAGUAUUCAUCAGGACUGAUUUCCUUUCCUGGAAAAUUAAAUCCAAUGCCUGUAAUAUUUACGAACAGUUUCUUACCAAUAAGUCCCACUGUGUACCCAGGGUGUCAGUCGUAUCCAUAUCCCAUCCUCCAGCCACAUUUCCUCCAUCCGGGCCUAUUGCCUGCAGGUGAGGGGGUCUGGUCCCAUGGAAUAUGUGCACAACAACAGAUACUACUUCCGCAUACCCAAAGCACUGUAGGACCCACAAAGAUCAAUUCAUCCAGUCAGACAAGCCCCAAGAUCUUAAACUCGUAUUCUAAUUUAUGUGAUGGCUCUGACUGUGAUCAGCAAAAAAAAUCCCUGAGUGGAACUGCAGGUGAUGACGCGCAUUCUAAGGACGACUUUGGGGACUCUUUAAAUUCAUUUGAUCAGGGCCUUGGGGUGUGGUGUGUCAAUUCAGCCCGAUGCCUGAAAGCUUGUGGUACGGGAACCUGCAUAAGUCAUAACUCCACGAGUGGGAUUCCUAUGCAUAAUCAAGAAUUGUCCUCUUCCAGACAUCAAACGGCUUCUGAGAUCUCAGAUGGAGAAAGUCAAAAGGCCACUAUUUUAGCAAAGCCAUCGGGAGAUAAUUUUGAUCAUGAUGAAACCGUGUCUGGCAUCCACGAUGAAGGACUGACGGUUAUGAAGGAGAAGUCCAGUGACUGCUUCCCUGAACCGGGAGUGAGUAACACAAAUCCACCAGGCUUGUCCAGUUCCUGCACUAACUGGCUGCUCCCAAGACCUCAGCAUUAUACCUCUACAUGGAAUUUUCGAACCCCCAUUUGGAGCGACAUGCAUUUGCCUCCUACAGGAUAUGGUCUCCCACCUAGUUUUAUAUUCCAGCCGACUUCCACAGCCACCUUCGAUCCUGUUACAAUGGAGCAUGCAAUGGGAGGCUUUGGGUAUGCAUUUCCACUUCUCUCCGAACGCCAGUCCUAUCAUGAUGACGGGACAGUGGUCAAUGACCAUAUCUCGAAUCACCUUCUUCCAUCAAAUCCUACAUUUAUCUCAACAGUCGGAAGCCUUCGACAACGUCGACACGAGUCUCCCGAAGUUCCAAGUCUUAUUGGAAUGUAUCAGCACCCCGGGUCUAGACAUCAUGACUUUUUGGGCCGAUGGAUGCCUCAAUCGAGCAUUAACAUAUCGACAACACCCGAAGUGGGUAAAAAGACCACAACGGACGAAUUCGGUGGAAAGGAGGAAAUAAGAGGCGGAGGCGGGGGGGGCGAAAGUCUAUGUGCCGCCGAAAAGACCUCAGUAGCAGCUGGUGAUCACCAUGCCAACAAUUUCAGGAGCUUCCGCAUCUAG